AUCGUUAGGUGAGGAAAUUAGGCACACGUUGGAUUUGUCGUGCCCUCUUUGAACGGCUCAGCAGUCUAGAAACACUUGAAGGACUUGGGCCCUGUCCCAAUUCCCCCACGUCUUCCACCAAGAGCCCUAAGGCCCGCCUUCAGCACCGCACGCCGUUGACGUGGAGAAGGUGUAGACUAGCCUACAGGUGUGCAACCGUGCGAGGGUGCAUCGGUGCGAGGUGGAGAACUUGGGACACACUCAGAGAAGUCGACGAGGGGGAAACGUGUGAAUUUGACCCGUGAAAUGCUAAGUUAAGGCGUUUCUGAGCUCCACUCGCUCACCUGAGACUGGAAGACGCCUGAGAGGAAACCCCCCCUCCCGCCCCGAGCUGCACUGACCUGCUGGCCCACUGGGAGAAGGGACGCGGCUGUGGUCAUGGCUUCCCCUCUGAAAGCGGGCUUCCACAGGCUGGAGGUCCAGAAAACCACCUGGGACGUCCCGGAUCGCUACACUUCACUAAACCCUGUGGGCUCCGGCGCGUAUGGAACAGUAUGCUCUGCUAUUGACCAGAAGACGAAGGAGAAAGUGGCCAUUAAGAAGCUGUACAGGCCAUUUCAGUCUCUGAUCCACGCUAAGCGAGCGUACAGAGAACUCCGACUGUUACGCCACAUCCAGCAUGACAACGUGAUCUGUCUCCUGAAUGUUUUCACCCCGGACUCCUCGCUGGAAAAAUUCCAAACUUUCUACUUGGUGAUGCCGUUUGUGGCUCAGGAUCUGGGCCACAUAAUGAAAAAGAGGAGACUGACCGAAAGAGUGAUUGUGUAUCUGUUCUAUCAGUUGCUGAGAGGACUGAAGUAUAUCCAUUCUGCUGGGAUCAUUCAUCGGGAUCUGAAGCCAAACAAUCUUGCCGUUGAUGAAAACUGUGAAUUGAAGAUCUUGGACUUUGGCUUGGCCAGACAUGCGGAGAUGGAGAUGACAGGCUAUGUGGUGACAAGGUGGUACAGAGCGCCUGAGGUCAUCUUUAACUGGAUGCAUUACACUCAGACAGUUGAUAUAUGGUCUGCUGGCUGCAUCCUGGCUGAGAUGAUCACUGGGCAGGUGCUUUUCCCAGGAAAUGACAGUAUGGACCAGCUGAAUAUGAUCCUCGAUCUGACGGGAACACCGCACUCAUCCCUGCUGCAGAAAAUGCAGAGCAAAGAUGCAAGGACAUAUGUAUCGUCUCUCCCAGUGCAGAAAAAGAAAGACUUCAGGAAAGUCUUUCCAACGAUGGCUUCUUGGGCUGUGGAUGUGUUGGAGAAGACGCUGAUGCUGGACCCAGAGGUCAGACUCACGGCUAAAGAUGGACUGUCUCACCCUUACCUCAGCGAGUUCCACGACCCUGAAAACGAGCCGGAGUCUCCACCUUAUGAUGACUCCUUUGAGAGUCUGCAGCUGGAUGUCAGCGAGUGGAAGAGCCUCAUACACAUGGAGAUCAUGACUUUUGACCCUGACAAUCCUGGACAGACUGCAACAUAACACCUCAUCAGAUACUGGGAGGGCACUGCAAUCGAGAAUUACAAGCGUUUAAGGUGCAAGGGAUGUACUGUAUGUCUGUAUUAGUGAUACUGGUGACGGCUGUGGGGGAGAGUAAUAUCUUACUUUACCUCAGGUAGCUUUUCCCAGAGGAUGUAUAGAUGACUUUCCUUUGGCUUUUUUAUUAGUGUUCUGUUUUCUUCUGCUUCUACUCCACUUUUACUUCUAUGUUCACAAAAAUAUGCAGUACCAUUUCAGAAAGAAUAAACUUGGGGAAUAACCAGUUAUGAAAAAGUUUGAUGCAUAUUGUAGGAUGUGUUUUGGACUAGGUGUUAUCAGUUAAACUAAAGCCUGGCACUCAGCAUUCUAGAGUCUUUGAAUACAUCACUGUACAACAGUGUUUGGAGCUGAGGGUGCCUGGAUGUUUAGUGUUCGGAUGUUCAUUUUGGUUUAAAAUGAGAUGCAUUCGUAUGUUCGCUUGAGGAGCUCAGGAGGGUCAUUUUAAUUCAUUUUCUGCUGUAGUAUCGUCAUUUUAAUGCAGGUAAAAGUCUUUAAAGGGCUCGGUUUGAUGUAAUAUGUAGACAAGUUCCAAAACAUACCAUUUACCACAGUCCAUACAGUCCAUGCAUUGAAACUAUUUUGCAAAAAUUGUGUAAUUUUGAGCACAAUUAAAAAAAGCUAGCCAGCACAUGACUAGCAAAUACAUCAUAAUAAUAAUAUUUUUCAUUAAAACACAAAGUUUACUUGAUUUUAGAAAAUGUGUUUUUGGUAGUGACGAUUCAUAAACUUCCACACUGAUUUUCAG